CUAUCUCCUCGACCAGGUAAAGCCGAUGACACAAGUCAAAAUGGAAUCAUGGAAUUGUCUUCUCUUGGUAUUAUUCGCAUUAUGCGUGCCUGGGGGUCUUGCGACAUGUAGAAAAGGAUGGGUGACUUUUGAAGAUACUUGUUAUUUGUUUUCACAUGGCAAAUCAUCAUGGGGAGAAGCAUAUUCGACCUGUUUGGCCCUCCAUUCCAAUUUGGCAGUAAUAACGUCAGCUGAACAACAAAACUUCUUGAUAUCAGAGUUGACCGAUAAACAUAGAACCGAUGCUUGGAAUGUUCUAUAUUGGAUCGAUGGAACGGACCUAGAAGUAGAAAACGUUUGGAAGUGGGCUAUAUCUGGAGAGAAACUAUCAUACAUCAACUGGGCUGACGGCGAGCCAAACAAUGCUCAGGGAGGAAACUGUAUGAAUCUCUAUGGAAAUGGUGGCUUCAAAAUGGCAGAUGAUGACUGUGAACUACAUCUCUACUACAUCUGUCAAGCAACUAACGUAGAAGGAAGUGGUGUCGUCAUUGGCUGAAAACUUGUAUUCUGAAAUAAAUUCUGUCACUAUAAUCC